UGACCCUGUUUACAGAGUGCCUGUGCUACCACUGGGAACCCAACAAGCCACCACGGUGACAAUGUUGGCACUCUGUGCCCAUUUCCCCAGCCUUUUCCUAGACACACGUCUUUCCUGUCACAGAGCCAAUACCUUUCAUUUGACCUUGACCCCGCAGACAACUGCUCCCAUCUGGAGUGAUUCAUCUGUCCAGAACAGUAAGUCCUCACACCGAAGCGCCAGAGAAGGUUCGUGAGAAGCAUUUAAUAACGUGUCUUGGUCUUCACAGCCAGCUCUGGCAGAAGACAUAAGGGUCUGGCUUUGUAAGGACGAUGACGUCAUUCAAAGAGUUGAUGUGACGAUUGGAAAUAACAGAGGCUCCUGUACACAGCGCAGGUGCUCUGACAGUGGUAGGUGAGCUUCUCCCUGGCAGGAGGAGUAGAUCCCUUCCGCUUCUGGCGGUCCACAUUCAACAUUUCCCGGUGUGAAUUUUCUUUGUAAAAUGCGAGCUCAGUCCCUAUUCCCUUGGGCUUUGGAAGGUGUACCUGGAAUGCAAUGCGUGAAACAACCUGCACAGACACUGGCCAUUAAUCAACGUUUGUCCUCCGUUCCCGGUUCCCCCAGCAUGGUGACAGCUUCCCCUUCAGGAUGCUCUCAAUCCCUUCCUUCCACCGCCCCAGCGCCAACGUUCAUCCCGGAUUGCUGUGGGCAUCAGUUAUCCUGACCAUACCUCCAAGAGGAAAGAAGGCAGCUGCUCAGCUCGGGGGCGGAGUGUGGAAGGGUCGGAGUGGUAGUGGUCUUGGAGCAAAAACUACAGUUCCCAGUCCUCGUUGCGCUGCCUCCCGGCGAGGAGCGAAGGAUGGCAGGCCCCUUCUUUGAGGCGGAGCCUGAUUGGGAGGCGGAGUUAGGAGGGGGUUGGAGAGUUAAGCUAAGCCAAUGAAACUGCUGGCUAAUAAGUGGGCUUGGCUUGCCAUAUAACAGUGUCAGGAGGAGGAGAGCGAAGCGAUUGAGCCAGCGAGGAGUGAAGCUGAGUCUGCCUCAUACACUCCUAGAGGACCGCCUUCAGAAUAGAGUUCUUUUCGCCCCUUCCUCCUUCUCCCAGCUCCUCUCCUGGCUUUUCUAUCCGCCCAAUACAAUGCACACUCGAGUGGCAGCCCCAGAGAACUGAAGCAAACCAAAGAGAGAGGACUGGAGCCAAGACACUUCUGGUGGGGAAGCUUGGAUGCCUGGCUUUCUUUGAGGUCAUCUUUGGAACGAGGGUGGCUUUGGGGUGGAGGGUCGUGCUGCAGGGAACCCAGCCAGGCCCCAAGAUGGACACUUCUGGGCACUUCCAUGACUCGGGGGUGGGGGAUCUGGAUGAAGACCCCAAGUGUCCCUGUCCAUCUUCUGGGGACGAGCAACAGCAGCAACAGCAACCGCCACCACCGUCAGCGCCACCAGCAGUCCCCCAGCAGCCUCCGGGACCCUUGCUGCAGCCUCAGCCUCCGCAGCUUCAGCAGCAGCAGCAGCAGCAGCAGCAGCAGCAGCAGCAGCAGCAGCAGCAGCAGGCUCCACUGCACCCCCUGCCUCAGCUUGCCCAACUCCAGAGCCAGCUUGUCCAUCCUGGUCUGUUGCACUCUUCUCCCACGGCUUUCAGGGCUCCCAAUUCAGCCAACUCCACCGCCAUCCUCCACCCUUCCUCCAGGCAAGGCAGCCAGCUAAAUCUCAAUGACCACUUGCUUGGCCACUCUCCAAGUUCCACAGCCACAAGUGGGCCUGGUGGAGGCAGCCGGCACCGGCAGGCCAGCCCCCUGGUGCACCGGCGGGACAGCAAUCCCUUCACGGAGAUAGCUAUGAGCUCCUGCAAAUACAGCGGUGGGGUCAUGAAGCCCCUCAGCCGCCUCAGCGCCUCUCGGAGAAACCUUAUCGAGGCCGAGCCUGAGGGCCAACCCCUCCAGCUCUUCAGUCCCAGCAACCCCCCAGAGAUUAUCAUCUCCUCCAGGGAGGAUAACCAUGCCCACCAGACUCUGCUCCAUCACCCCAACGCUACCCACAACCACCAGCAUGCCGGCACCACUGCUGGCAGCACCACCUUCCCCAAAGCCAACAAGCGGAAAAACCAAAACAUUGGCUAUAAGCUGGGGCACAGGAGGGCCCUGUUUGAAAAGAGAAAGCGACUGAGUGACUAUGCUCUGAUUUUUGGGAUGUUUGGAAUUGUUGUUAUGGUGAUAGAGACCGAACUGUCUUGGGGUUUGUACUCAAAGGAUUCCAUGUUUUCGUUGGCCCUGAAAUGCCUUAUCAGUUUAUCCACCAUCAUCCUGCUUGGUUUGAUCAUCGCCUACCACACAAGGGAAGUACAGCUCUUUGUGAUCGACAAUGGUGCAGAUGACUGGCGGAUAGCCAUGACCUAUGAGCGCAUCCUCUACAUCAGCCUGGAGAUGCUGGUGUGCGCCAUCCACCCCAUUCCUGGAGAGUACAAGUUCUUCUGGACGGCACGCCUGGCCUUCUCCUACACCCCCUCUCGGGCAGAGGCUGACGUGGACAUUAUUCUGUCCAUCCCCAUGUUCUUGCGCCUAUACCUGAUCGCCCGAGUCAUGCUGCUACAUAGCAAGCUCUUCACGGAUGCCUCAUCCCGAAGCAUCGGGGCCCUCAACAAGAUCAACUUCAACACCCGAUUCGUCAUGAAGACGCUCAUGACCAUCUGCCCGGGCACGGUGCUGCUGGUGUUCAGCAUCUCUCUGUGGAUCAUCGCUGCCUGGACUGUGAGAGUCUGUGAAAGGUACCAUGACCAGCAGGACGUAACUAGUAACUUUCUGGGUGCCAUGUGGCUCAUCUCCAUCACGUUCCUUUCCAUUGGCUAUGGGGACAUGGUGCCCCACACAUACUGUGGGAAAGGUGUCUGUCUUCUCACUGGCAUCAUGGGUGCAGGCUGCACUGCCCUCGUGGUAGCUGUGGUUGCCCGAAAGCUCGAACUCACCAAAGCAGAGAAGCAUGUGCACAACUUCAUGAUGGACACUCAGCUCACCAAACGGAUCAAGAACGCUGCCGCCAAUGUCCUCCGGGAAACAUGGCUGAUCUACAAACACACAAAGCUGCUAAAGAAGAUUGACCACGCCAAAGUCAGGAAACACCAGAGGAAGUUCCUCCAAGCUAUUCACCAACUGAGGGGUGUCAAGAUGGAACAAAGGAAGCUGAGUGACCAAGCCAACACCCUGGUGGACCUUUCCAAGAUGCAGAACGUCAUGUAUGACUUGAUCACGGAGCUCAACGACCGGAGUGAAGACCUGGAAAAGCAGAUUGGCAGCCUGGAAUCCAAGCUGGAGCACCUCACAGCCAGCUUCAAUUCCCUGCCCCUGCUCAUCGCAGACACCCUGCGCCAACAGCAGCAGCAGCUGCUCACUGCCUUCGUGGAGGCCCGGGGCAUCAGUGUGGCUGUGGGAACUAGCCACGCCCCUCCCUCUGACAGCCCUAUCGGGAUCAGCUCCACCUCUUUCCCAACCCCAUACACAAGUUCAAGCAGUUGCUAAAUAAAACUCCCCACUCCAGAAGCAUUA